CUGCUUUGCAUGGCUGUGCAUAGCACAGCCAUGCAAAGCAGUGUGCUUACAGUGAAGCACUAACACAGCACAUAAUGUAAAACGGCACAUAGCACACAGUUUGCCCCAUAUGCUAACCCCUUCCUGCCCAGUGUCAUUAGUACAGUAGCAGGGGCGGACUGAAAACUCAUGGGGCCCCUAGGCAAUAGGGGAUCAUGGGGCCCCUGUGUCCUUGCCCGAACUCAAAAAAGCCUAUGAAAAGGGCACCAGGGGCAUCUCAUGGGGCCCCCUACAGACCCUGGGCCCUCGGGCAGUGCCCGAGUUUCCAAAUGGUCUGUCCGCCCCUGGCA